AUCGAAUUUAUAGUUGAAAAGUCGAAGCGAGGAAAUCAAAUAUAAAAAUUUUAAUUCGAAUUUAUGCGAGUCAUGGUUUUACAUGUAUUAUUUUUACUAAUUUUAUUGCAUUAAAAUUUCUCCUUGCGCAUAAAGCCACCGCUGUAGCCAGAGUACAUUGCUGUCAAGUGUAAAAUGAUAUUUUAGUUUUUGCCGGUUAAAAGAAUUUAUAUAAAUAACAACAUGCCAAGUACUUUUCCUGUGGUUACGAUACAAUGCGACUGGAUAGAUGUUCUGAGGCUUAUGAAAGGUGAAUUUUGGAUAUCAUCAAAGUAUAGAGACCAAAACAGCAUCCAUGAUAAAAUAAAAGCUUUGGUUAAUCAAGCUGAUGGCAAAUUACAAAUAAAAUGUCCAGAUACUUAUCAAUAUCUGUCCCAUAGUAAUUUGAGUCUUGUUUUAAAGCAUUUAAGUUCCGGUUUAAAAGUGGCAUUUGUUGCACCUACCAAAACACAUAAUGUACAUAAAAAAGCUUUAUUAUCAAUAAGUUCAGGAGAAAAUGCCUUAGCAGUUUCAUCCUGUGAAGAAGAUAAACUGUUAGUUUGGGAUACAAGAACUGAUGAGAUCCUUUUAGAUUUAAAAGGACAUGGUGGGCCAGUGUAUAAGUGCAGAUUAUUUCCUUCGAAUGUUGUUUUGAUUUCGGCCGGAGCUGAUGGAUCCUGCAGGAUUUGGUCUGCUGAAAGUGGUAUAAAUCCGGUGACAUUGAUUGGUCAUAAAAUGUCCAUCUCAGAUUUAGCCAUAAUUGAUAAAGGAAGAAAUGUUCUAAGUGUUAGCAAAGAUGGCACAGCAAAGUUAUGGGAUGUGGGUGAGUCAAGAUGCAUUGACAAUAUUCUGGAAGGACAUGGACCUAUCAACUGCUGUGCUAUAGCAAACUCUGUUGAUGAAGUUACCAUAGACAAUGAUAGAGAGGUUGGUACUGGCAACAAACUACUAGUUGCUGGCUGUGAAAGUGGUUUGAUUAUCUGUGCCCAUGUUGGCAAGAGGACAGAGUUAUACAAGCAGCAAUUGGAUUCUUCUGUAAAUGCUUGUAUAAUUAUUGAUCAAGUUAUUAUUGCUGGCUGCAGUGAUGGAAAGAUUGUAUUCAUAAAUGUUCAAGAUGGUUCUAUAAUAAGAGAUUUACAUGAAUCUAACAAUCCAGUCCUAAGUCUGGCAACACUGGUCAAUAAUAUGUUUGUAGUGGGUCGCCAGGAUGGGACAUGUACUGUGUUCUCUAUGAACGACUCUCACAUUGCUAUAAGAGUUCAACUCACAGGAUCUGACUGUGAUGGAAUACGAGACAUAGCAUUCAAUGGCAAAUGGAUUCUGACAGCUUGCAGAGAUGGCAAGAUUAGGAAGUAUGACUACAAUCAAAUAACUGUACACUAUAAGUGACAUUUAAAAUAAGAACUACCUUCAAAUCCUUUAUUGUAAUAAGAAA